AGUUUGCAGCCACAGGUUUCAAUAGAUAACUUCGUAAUAUUACCUAAAUUUAUAAAGUUGGUCAUAGUUAGGUCAAUUGGAAUUUUGAUAAGGUUUACAUUAUUCACCCUAAUUGUCAUUUGUAGAGCAUGGAGAUAAGAAAGAACAAAUUAGAGUUAAACAAAUAAAAAUCAAGAAAUUAAGCAAGAACAUCAUCAAGUGAAGUAAUGGCAGUUGCAAUUGCUAACUUUCCAAAGUUAUCAGUACAUUCCCGCCAUUUUUAUCGGAACCCAUCUUUAACUGUCAACAAUGACCGUUAUUUUGCAGAACACCCUCUUCUUUUAAUGGUUGACAGAUGCACAAAAUCAUCCCAACUCAAACAAAUUCAUGCCCAAUUACUUCGUAUUGGUCUUUUCUUUGAUCCAUAUUCAUCAAGCAAACUCUUUUCUGCACUUGCAAUUUCACCUAUGAGUGAUCUUGAUUAUGCCCAGAAGAUGUUUGAUGAAAUUCCCCAACCAAAUCUUUAUACUUGGAACACUCUUAUUCGAGCUUAUGCUUCAAGUGAUGAUGACCCAGUUCGGAGUUUGUUUGUUUUUCUGCGUAUGCUUCAUGAAUGCCCUGAUUUACCCAACAAGUUUACCUUCCCUUUUGUUAUUAAAGCCGCGUCUGACGUUGUUGAUGAUGCUAAACUGGGAAGGGGAAUUCAUGGUAUGGUUGUGAAGCUUGAGCUUGCUGAUGACUUGUUUAUACUUAACUCGCUUAUACGUUUUUAUUCUGCUUGUGGGUAUUUGGAUUUGGCUUACAGGGUGUUUAUGAGCAUUCAUGAUAAGGAUGUUGUAUCGUGGAAUUCGAUGCUCAAUGCUUAUGUGCAAGGGGGUUGCCCUGAGAUGGCUUUGGAGUUAUACCAGGCUAUGGAGGGGGAGGAUGUUAGGCCAAAUGAGGUGACAAUGGUUGGUGUUGUUUCUGCUUGUUCAAAGACAAGGAAUUUGGAGUUGGGGAGGGUGAUGCAUUCGCAUAUAAGGAAGAAUAGAAUAAAAUCGAAUUUGACAUUGAGAAAUGCAAUACUAGAUAUGUACAUGAAAUGUGCGAGUGUGGAGGAUGCAAGAAAGUUGUUUGAUGAAAGAGAGAAAGAUGUAGUUUCAUGGACAACUAUGCUUGUUGGGUAUGCUAAGCUGGGGAGGGUUACAGAAGUUUCCCAUGUUUUUCGUGCCAUGCCUUUUAGGGAUAUUGCUGCCUGGAAUGCCCUUAUUUCGGCGUAUGAGCAAAAUGAAAAGUCAAAAGAAGCCCUGAAUAUCUUCCAGCAAUUAUUGGCAGAUAAGAGUUCAAAACCUAAUGAAGUGACUCUCGUCUGUGCUUUAUCAGCCUGUGCUCAGUUGGGUGCAGCUGACAUGGGAAGUUGGAUCCAUGUUUACAUAGAGAAGCAAUGUAUUAAGUUGAAUUCUUAUCUUUGUACAUCACUUAUUGACAUGUAUUCAAAAUGUGGAGAUCUAGAAAGAGCAUUGGACGUGUUCAACUCUGUGAAGAAGAAAGAUGUGUUUACUUGGAGUGCCAUGAUUGCUGGUCAUGCAAUGCAUGGUCGCGGUAGAGCUGCAAUAGAUAUUUUCUCAAGAAUGCAAGAUGCUGGAGUUAAACCAAAUGCUGUGACUCUUAUUAAUGUAUUAUCUGCUUGCAGCCACGCAGGAUUAUUGGAGGAAGGCAGGUUUUUCUUCAACGAAAUGCAGCCUCUUUAUGGAAUUAAGCCUCAAGCCGAGCAUUACUCUUGCAUGAUUGACAUCCUUGGUCGUGCAGGCUAUUUUAGCGAGGCCAUGGAUCUAAUAAAGAAGAUGGAGGCCCCUUACACUGCUUCGGUUUGGCUUUCUUUGCUGGGGGCAUGCUGUCUUCAUGCAAAUGUUAGUCUUGCAGAAUUGGCUGCUAGUCGUCUGCUCAGAUUAGAGCCCAAAAAUGAUGGGGCUUAUGUUUUGCUAUCCAAUGUUUAUGCUAAAUCCGGGAAUUGGGACAAGGUUGCUAAGUUGAGGAAGCUUAUGAAAGAUUCUGGAUUGAAGAAAGAAGCAGGUUGUAGUUCUAUAGAGGUCAAUGGCACUGUCGACGAGUUUCUAGUCGCUGACAAUUCUCAUCCUAUGGCCAGGGAAAUAUACGCUAAGCUGGAUGAAAUCGUUUCAAAGCUGAAAACAGAUGGGUAUGUACUAAAUGAACCACAUAUUUUGCAAGUUGGUGAUGAGGAAAGUAUGAAAGAGCAGGCACUAUAUGUUCACAGUGAGAAACUAGCUAUUGCAUUUGGGCUCCUCUGCCUUGCACCACCUCAACCUAUCAGAAUUGUGAAAAAUCUUCGAGUUUGUGGAGAUUGCCACUCAUUUGCAAAAAUCGUAUCCAGGGUUUAUAACAGGAAGAUAUUAUUGAGAGAUCGAUUUCGUUUUCAUCAUUUCAAAGACGGAUUAUGUUCUUGUAUGGAGUAUUGGUGAAGCUAGAAGCAUGACUACAUUAGUGGUGAUUCAGGUGAAGUUUAUAAAAACAAUUUCCCUUCAAAAUUUUGUUUAAAUGUAAAUGGUAUCUGCUUAAUUAAAUUGAUAUCUGUAGUUAGAUGAUGAUGUUAUGUAGUUCUCUGUACUUCAAGUGUUACAAAGGAUUUCGUCUUAUUCUCUUGUUAUGCUCACAGUCAACAUUUCUCUUUUAAUGAUUUGUGACUUUUGUGUUAUUCUAAACGAUAGUGUGCCUCCACUUCGUAGACUGAAUUAAUUUUUUCUUUUUAAAUAAUAAGAAAUUUUAAUUGCAAUCCCCUUGAUCCCGUUGUCGUAUUACAAUAUUUUGUACAAGUAUAUUUGGUUCUCGUAUUUUUUUUUUUUUUAAAAAAAUGGUUAUCUCGAGUUAGAUAAAAGUUCAUUUUUGAAAUUGUCAAAAAAAAAAAAAAACAAAAAAAAAACCCAACUUUGCAUAAAAUUAUUUUGAGAUUACAUAAAAGAAAACUAGAAAAACAAUAAGAGAUGAAGUGAGUAUAACUGGUUGCCAUCUAUGUUUGAAAGAGCAUUCUAAUUCUAAAUAAUUUUAUUUUAUUAGGUACAUUAUCCUUUUCUUUUCUAGACGGAAGGUACAUUAUCCUUGAUCCCUCCUAAUUUUUAAAAUUUUCUAACAAAACUAUAUUUAUUUCAUAUGACUAGAAUCCCCUAACACUUUGUAUUUGUUUUAAUAAUUUAUACUUAUAAAUGGACCAUUCCAAAAUAUGUGCAAAAUUUAUUAUUGAUUAAUGAAUCUAUCAAAUAUAUAACCCUUUCUAAAUACUCCUCCAAGUGUGAAGUAACCAAUGAUAUAUUCCUCAAUAAAAAAGUAACCAAUGAUAUACUACCUCCGUUUUUUUUAGUUGAUACGUUUUGACUUUAGCAUU